AUGAAUAUACUAUGGCCUGAUGUAGUUUUGCAUGAUAAUGUAUUAUUAUUUGUAUCUGAUGCCGCGCCUUACAUGGUAAAAGCCGGUAAAGCAUUAAAUGCUUUUUUCCCCAAAAUGAUCCACAUAACGUGUUUAGCACACGCAUUUCACCGUAUAGCAGAAACCAUCCGAUCAAAAUUUAUAAAAGUAGACGAAUUAAUAUCUACAGUUAAAAAGAUAUUUUUAAAAGCGCCUAGCCGUAUCGAAACAUUUAAAAAUAUGUACCCGGAUUUAAGCCUCCCUCCACAACCAAUUGUAACUAGAUGGGGGACUUGGUUAAAUGCAGCUAAUUAUUAUUGCCAAAACUUUAAAGAAAUCAAAAAUAUUGUUGACAAACUCGAUCCGACUACUUCAAUGUUUAUAGAAAAAGCUGAAAUUCUUUUAAAAAAUAAUGAUUUGAAAAAUGAAUUAGUGUACAUUUCUGUUAAUUAUUUUUUUUUGGUGGAUGUCAUUACAAAAUUAGAAACUCGUGACUUAACUUUAGUUGACAGUUUGAAUAUUGUAGAGGAAACAGUAAAAAAACUUGAAAAAGUACAAGGAAAAAUUGGCGAAAUUAUAAAUACCAAAAUAAAAAAUAUUCUACAAAAAAAUUCUGGUUUUGCACAAAUUAAAGCUAUCAAAAAUAUUCUUACUGGUUGUUCUUCUGAAGUUUCAUUGGAUGUAGAACUUACUCCUUCAGACAUAGCCAAAAUGCAAUACUGCCCAAUAACAUCAGUGGAAGUCGAAAGAUCAUUUAGUCGGUAUAAGGCAAUUUUACGACCAAAUCGAAGAUCUUUUGAAUUCGAAAAUUUAAAAAUGCAUGUAAUUAUAAAUUGUAAUUGUGAUUAA